AUGGACUCCUUCGAAGUGCCCACAACCGCCGAAGACCUCUGGCAGCCCGGACAUGCUACAGACGACGAAAAAGAAGCGAAUCCGACAGAUCAAGACAAGUUCCUCACUGGGAGUAAAGCCAUCGACGACACCUUCGAAGGCGGACUUGACUACGGCAAAGUGCACUGCAUCACUGCCAAAGCAGAACAUGGAGCUCGGGAACUUUCACGCGCUCUGCUCGCCACGCAUCUGCUGCAUUGUCCAGAAGCGACAGCAACGAUCAUUGAUAGCACUCUCACCUUUGACGUGCGGAGACUUCAUGCCACAUUGCGCAGCUCCCUUCACCCAGGUCAAAGUGAUGCAAUGGAAGCACUGAAGCGGCUCAAGAUCAGCAAAGUCUUUGAUCGGAUUGGAAUGAUGGAAGCUGUAGCAGAACUUGGCGAGGAGCUCAAUGCCGAGAAGCAACAGAAGCAGCAACGCCCGGCUGAAAUGACAAAGCUACGGAAGUCAACGAUUGAGGACAGUGAAGAUGAAGAGGACAUCUUGGAUGAAUCGCCGGAGAAGAGCCCAUCACAUCCGGGCGCACCAGUUCCCAGCACCACUAUCAAAAGAUUGCUCAUCGUGGAUAGCAUUUCCCAUGUGAUGACACCGAUCAUCAAAAACGACUACACACAAGGACAAGCGCUGUUGACCUCACUGCUUCGCUCGAUAACAGAGGUCACGCAGCAAUACAACCUGUGCACAAUCGUGCUGGGAGAAGCUGGCUUCAAGCUAGUUUCCGAAGACGAAACUCUCAGCAGAUUCAAAUCGUGCAGGAUCAAGCCGGCUGUGGGAUAUGGCCUGGGCUAUCUGGUGGAUGUGCACUUCUAUCUGCAUCAAUUGCCCUCCAGAACUGUGACCCAGGGCACAACGGAGAGACAAGUUCGGCAGGAGCCCAUACAUGUGUUGGAGAUAGUAGAGGAGAGGGACGGCAAUCGUCAAUGGUCCUGGGCAGCAUUCCGUUUCACAGAAGAAGGCACUCUAGAAGAGGUGAAAGCAUGA